GCCGGGCGCCCUGCCGCUCGAGGACGCUUAGGCUACGGCGGCGGCGAUCGCCAGGGCGCUGGCCCUCUAGCUUGGCGCCCCCCGCCCCCGGUGGAGGAAUCAAAUCCUGUCGCAGAGCGUGGGGAGGGUGGGGAUAUUCGAGGCCUCUCCCGCGCCCGGAGGAAAGGGGAGGGCGGAGGAGAUCCUAGGCCAGAGUGAGCCGAGCGGAUUCAAACCAAAACAAAAAGAUUAAAGGAGCAGCGGCGGCGGCGGCGGCGGGGCCGGGCAGAGAUCCUGGGGUGGCGCGCCCGGGUUCCGCGGGGGCUGCGGCGUGCGGCGGGGCCGGAGGGCGGGGGCGGGAGCCAGGCGGUGAGGGGAGGGCGGGAGCCUAGGGGAGGGCGCGGGCCGGAGGAGGGGCGGGCCCGCCCGCGCGGAGCUGAGCCGAGCCAAGCGGCCGGGACUGGGCGCGACCCGGGCCAGCGGAGGCGCAGGAGCGGGCGGAGCCGAUCGCGGGCUAUGCUGAGGCUGACGGCAGCCGGGGCCCGAGCCAUCGUGGACAUGUCGUACGCCCGUCACUUCCUGGACUUCCAGGGCUCCGCCAUCCCCCGAGCCAUGCAGAAGCUGGUGGUGACCCGGCUGAGCCCUAACUUCCGCGAGGCCGUCACCCUGCGCCGGGACUGCCCAGUGCCGCUCCCCGGGGACGGAGACCUCCUCGUCCGGAACCGAUUCGUUGGUAUUAACGCAUCCGACAUCAACUAUUCUGCUGGCCGCUAUGACCCCUCCGUGAAGCCCCCCUUUGACAUAGGUUUUGAAGGGAUUGGUGAGGUGGUAGCCUUAGGCCUCUCUGCUAGUGCUAAGUACUCAGUAGGCCAGGCUGUGGCUUAUAUGGCUCCUGGUUCUUUUGCUGAGUAUACAGUGGUACCAGCCAGCAUUGCCACUCCGGUGCCUUCAGUAAAACCCGAGUAUCUCACUCUGCUGGUUAGUGGCACCACUGCAUACAUUAGCCUGAGAGAACUUGGAGAGCUGUCAGAAGGGAAGAAGGUUUUGGUUACAGCAGCCGCCGGGGGGACAGGCCAGUUUGCUGUACAACUUUCAAAGAUAGCCAAGUGUCAUGUCAUUGGAACCUGCUCCUCGGAUGAAAAGUUAGCUUUUCUGAAAUCCAUUGGGUGUGAUCGCCCCAUCAACUACAAAGCAGAGCCGGUGGCGACAGUUCUGAAGCGGGAAUACCCUGAAGGUGUCGAUGUAGUCUACGAGUCUGUUGGGGGAGCCAUGUUUGACCUGGCAGUGGAUGCCUUAGCCACCAAAGGGCGUUUGCUGGUGAUUGGGUUUAUCUCUGGCUACCAAAGCCCUACGGGGCUUUCACCAGUGAAGGCAGGAGCUCUACCUGUGAAGCUCCUGAGGAAGUCUGCCAGACUUCAGGGGUUCUUUCUGAACCACUAUUUAUCCAAGUACCAGGCCGCCAUGGAACACUUGCUGGAGCUGCACAGUCGUGGGGAACUGGUCUGUGAGGUGGACCUGGGAGACCUAGCUCCAGAGGGAAGGUUCAUCGGCCUGGACUCCAUAUUCCGGGCUGUUGACUAUAUGUACACGGGGAAAAAUGUUGGAAAACUUGUGGUUGAAAUACCUCACAGUGUCAGCAGUAAGCUAUGACAACGGAACAAUGACGGAAACCAAAGGAGAAAGAAAAAGAGUUCUCCAUGCCUUAGAAUGAACACAAUAGUUCCUAAAACAAAAAUGUAGUGUUAAUGAAUUCAACUUCCCUCUCCCUUUCCUUGGGGGUAAAAAUAAUACGCUUCAAUAAAAGUUCUCUCUAUAG